AGGAUCAGAGAGAGAGGGAGAGAGAGAGAGAGAGAGAGAGAGAGAGAGAGAGAGACGCCCCCCACUUCUCCACAUCUCAGUCUCGGAUGCACCGAGGGAAAAAAAGUUGUGUACGAUCAUGUGAGGAGGGAAAAUGAUUUAGAUGUGUUGGAGUGUGGGGUUCAGAGUCAGGAGGAGCACACAGGCAAAGAGACACACCGCACCACACUGCAAUGCGCUGCGUAAAGGCGCAAAGACAGAGGACUUGAACGGAAAUAUGGAUCAUUCAUCCAAACACAACGUGUGCGCAAAAGGCUCCACAACACAACUCGCCCUGCCUGUGUGAACACUGAUGGAAGUGGACAACUGCAUCGACCACCGACUGCAUUCAUGUCCGAGGGAUUUUGAGAAACCUAUGAGUUUCGUCAUGGAUGAUCACGGAUCCCUGCCCCAUCCACGGAGCUCAGCUCUGAGGGUGUCGACCAAAAGCAAGGCACCGUCCCCACCAGGACUAAAGGAUCUGGAUUCCCCAGGUUUCUCUCAGUGGUACCCGGGAAACCCUCAUUUAACCAUGGACCAGAAAGAGAACCUCAUCGAUAAGGACCUCUCUCUGGUUGUGGUUUUGCCUGGGGGAAUAGAAAAGAUGACCACAGUCCACGGCAGCAAACCCCUAAUGGAUCUGCUGGUGAUGCUUUGUGCAACGUAUCACCUGAACCCAUCGAGCCACACCUUAGAGCUGGUCACCGCCAACAGGAACAACAUCAAGCUCAAGCCCAACGCUCUCAUAGGAACUUUAGAUGCAGAAAAGAUUAUACUCAAACCUAAAGGCGAAGAUAAAAAUAAGAAGACAAGUCCUCAAAUGCCCGAGGCAACAGUUCGGAUGGUGAUAAACUACAGGAAGACCCAGAAAACGAUACUGCGAGUUAAUCCCAGAGUUCCCUUGGUCCAGCUGUUACCAGCGAUAUGUGAGAAAUGUGAAUUCGCCCAAGAGACCACAGUCCUGUCGAGAGAUGUCCAAUCGCUUGCCCCGCUGGACUUGACCAGUUCUCUUAAUGACUAUGCAUUAAGGGAGGUUUAUGCAAGAGACACAAAAGGCAUACCUGGUUCUCCUGUGUGUCCAGCCUCACCAGCUCAUACAGGAAUGGUCAUGCCCGGCAAAGCUAAGAAUCAGAAGGAGAAGGAAAACAAAGGCCUCUUCAGCAAGUUUAGAAAAAGCAAGAAGAACUCUGACCAGGCCACGACGGCCAGUGCCCCGGCUUCUCCGGUGCUCGUGAGCAAGCCCCGACCUCUCAGCAUGGCCUUACCCAGCACCAACACGUCUCCGCUCAGCUCUCCACUGAGCCCCACCGACGGGCCCAAGAAGAGACGUGCUCCCCUGCCUCCGGUCUUUUCGUUUCAGGGCGCCGCCUCGAACCUCAGCGCCCCCCGGAGAAUCGACUCUGAACCCAACACCCAAGUGGACGGUGACCAGGCGGCUGGUUUAAGUCGGGGGUCAUCGGCGGAGUCUUCCCUGAAGAGGACCAAACGCAAGGCCCCCCCGCCCCCCAAAUCCCCGGGUGCUGUCCUCCCAGAGACGGUUCCUGUCGAUGAAAAUGAGCAAGGAGGUGCAGCUGCCAACACACUGGAGGAGAUUAUGGAGCAGGAGGAGACGACUCCCUCGGUAAUGUCUGCAGCCGCCAGUGACACCCAGGGAGAGGACGGCAGCCUCAGUGAGUCCGCCGAUGUUUCGCUGCAGUCUCCGGCCGCAGACACUGAGAUACCGGUCCCAGUGCCGAUGGAGGGCAGUGAGGAAGAUCAGACCCGUGAUCUGUCCUCAGAUGGCAAUAAACUGCAGAGCACAGUGGAUAUUCCUGCAGCACUCAGUGAUGUGACGACAACGGCUGACACAGACCCAUCUGAGCUGGCAGGUACAAGCGAUGGUCCAGGUAGAGUUGAAACUGUAAUCCAACAGCCAAUCUGUGAAGAGUCUACGGCUCAAGCCGUUGAGGGGGAUGGCGGCACUGAAGCCGUCAGCGUCUCUCCGCCUGUGAUGCAGGAGGCAGAAGCACAGGCCUCCGCUCAGGCAAACACUGAAACCCUCGGGGAGCAGGCUGACAGGUUGGGGAGCCCGGUGGCCAUCAGCACAUCACGCCCCGCUGGAGAGGACGCCGAAGUGCAAACAGAUUUCACACCGUUCCCUCCACCUCCACCACCACACACAGAGGAAGUUCCCUCUGCAGCUGACCCGCCCUGCGUCGAAUCAUCGGGGAAGCAAGAAAUGGCCACUUUGACGGGGGAGCUGGACCUGCCUGACCUCGAGAGACGCACCUUAUCCGACAUCCCGGAGACCUCGUCGCCUCAGGAGUCAGAGCCAAGUGCCCCUGCCGCAACGAAGGCAGCUAAUAUUUAUGCCACAGACUCUGAGCCAAAGCCCAAGCCUUCCAAUGAGCUGACAAGGGACUACAUCCCCAAGGUGGGAAUGACAACGUAUACCAUCGUGCCUCCGAAAUCUCUGGAGAAGCAGAGAUAUUUUGAAGUUGCUCUGACACUGGAGAUGCCCCCCCCAGCUCCAGAAGAGGGACUUGAUAUUGGUUCUCUUCAGCUGGAGGAGAGCACAGCACCAAGGGACCAGACGGCGGACUCAAAGGAAAAAGGCGAGCUGCACCCGACUGCACCCAGGGAAGACUUACUGACUAGCACUGCUACUGCCCAAGACACUGUUAAUGGAGGUGCACCUGAAUCUACUCCUUCCCCUGAAAAGAUGUCACCCCUUGCUAAUGGGGCGUCUCAAACGGGUUCACCAACAGAGGUCAAGGAGAUGAAAAUUCCACCCGCAACUAAACCUAAGCCCGGUUCUUUCCGCUUGACACAGCAUAAAAAAACACCUGGGUAUUAUGUAACUUCAGCAGCAGAGAAAAGAAUUAGCACCAGUCCUGGCUAUGGCCAGAGGGAGGCUCCGGGAGGUGUAGACAGAGCAGUGUCAUUACCACCUCCUCCCUCACCUCCUGCGCAGUGUCAAGAGGAGACGACGGGGACCAGCAACGUCCAGCUGAGCCCGAAAGGGGAAGACAAGAAUGCAGCCAUCAUGCGUAUGACAAGGCAGAGCAGUUUGCCUUGUAAAGAGCCAAGUUUGGGGCUGAGCUUGGAAAAGUUGAGAAGCUUCGCAGCCGCCAGGCCCUACGCUCCUGUAAACCCGUCCCGCUUUGCCCAGGCUGUGACCUCUGCAGUGAAACGGAGCCAGUCCUUAUCCCAUGGACCAAAGUCACCUCAGUCGCCACCGAUCUCUCCGAUUACACAUCGCGCGGCAGCCGUAGAGACAAAAGGAUCGUCUCAGCUCAAGGACGAGGAAAACAAAGACAGUGACAAAGACGCCCUUCUACAGGGAGCAGAGGGUGAAGCACCAACUGUUAGUGGGAUUGUUGGAAUGGAAGGAGAGAGCGGUCCAUAGCAGUGCCUUGAAUCCUCUGACGAUCUAUCAUCUACUGAGUAGCUUAUCCUGUUGAGUUCUCCCGAACCCUUCACCCCACGACACAGAAGCGGGAACUGUCUUUUCUUUUACCUCUGCAAUGGUGUACAUAAAACUAUGUAUUUUGAAAAAAUGAAUAAUUGGUGUAUAUCGGUUUAUUUCUCACUCACCAUUAAGUACUACACCAGGGCUGACUUGCAUAUUUUCCUGCCUCGCUUUUAUUUUGUGUGACGAAGAAUAUCUUGCAUUUGAUGCAUUUCGGUUUGUGUGGGAACAAGAACGUUAAAUGAGAACGAUUCUAUAAAUUAUUUGAAUGAUUUUCAAGAGUUGUAAUAUUAUUGGAUUUAUUCAGAUAACGUGCUAUCUAAAAAAAAUACUGGAUGUAUAGGACAGAACAGGUCUGAGCCUAAGGUACUUAAAUGCUCCUUAGAUUAUACAGUAAAAUCUAUAUUUAAGUAUUACAGAGUUGUGAUUAAACUAUGCAGACGGACACUGUUGUGCACAGCCAACCUGUUGUUCUUGUCAAGCACAAUUGUUAUGAAUAAAGUUUUUUUUUUCAGGA